AAAUAAACAUAGACAUUUUCUUUGAUUGUGCUCUCUUUGUGAUUUUUCUCACUUCCUGGAACAGGAGGGUUCUAACUCCGUGAGGACCCCAGCUUUGUUUCUGUAAAUGUGUGUGAGGGCCGGACUCCCAGAAUCUUGCUGGUCGCUGACUUUUCAGUAUGGGGAGGAUCGGCAUCUCCUGUCUUUUUCCUGCUUCAUGGCAUUUUAGCAUCUCUCCAGUGGGGUGUCCUCGAAUUCUGAAUACCAAUUUGCGCCAAAUUAUUGUCAUUAGUGUCCUGUCUGCUGCUGUUUCUCUUUUAUACUUUUCUGUUGUCAUAAUCCGAAAUAAAUAUGGGCGGCUAUCCAGAGACAAGAAAUUUCAAAGGUACUUGGCACGAGUUACUGACAUUGAAGCUACAGACACCAGUAACCCCAACGUGAACUAUGGUAUUGUUGUGGACUGUGGCAGCAGUGGCUCUCGAAUUUUUGUCUACUGCUGGCCAAGGCAUAAUGGCAAUCCUCACGAUCUGCUGGAUAUCAGACAAAUGAGGGAUAAAAACCGAAAGCCAGUGGUUAUGAAAAUAAAACCCGCUUACAGCCAGCAGAAAGCCAUUCUGGAAGACCUUCUGACUGAUGUCCCCGUGCACUUUGAUUUUCUGUUUUCUGACUCUCACGCAGAAGUAAUUUCAGGGAAGCAAGAAGGUGUGUAUGCGUGGAUCGGCAUUAAUUUUGUCCUUGGACGAUUUGAGCAUAUUGAAGAUGACGAUGAGGCAGUCGUGGAAGUUAACAUUCCUGGCAGUGAAAGCAGUGAAGCCAUUAUUCGUAAAAGAACGGCGGGUAUUCUCGACAUGGGAGGCGUGUCCACUCAGAUAGCGUAUGAAGUCCCCAAAACUGAGGAAGUAGCUAAAAAUUUGUUAGCUGAGUUUAACUUGGGGUGUGAUGCGCACCAAACUGAGCAUGUGUAUCGAGUCUACGUGGCCACAUUCCUUGGGUUUGGUGGCAAUGCUGCCCGACAGAGAUAUGAAGAUAGAAUAUUUGCCAACACAGUUCAAAAGAACAGGCUCCUGGGUAAACAGACCGGUCUGACUCCUGAUAUGCCGUACCUGGACCCCUGCUUACCCUUAGACAUUAAAGAUGAAAUCCAGCAAAAUGGACAGACCAUAUACCUACGAGGGACUGGAGACUUUGACCUGUGUCGAGAGACUAUCCAGCCUUUCAUGAAUAAAACAAAUGAGACACAGACUUCCCUCAAUGGGGUCUACCAGCCCCCAAUUCACUUCCAGAACAGUGAAUUCUAUGGCUUUUCUGAAUUCUACUACUGCACCGAGGACGUGUUACGAAUGGGGGGAGAUUACCAUGCUGCUAAAUUCACUAAAGCUGCAAAGGAUUAUUGCGCAACACAGUGGGCUACCUUGCGGGAACGCUUUGACCGAGGUCUGUACGCCUCUCACGCUGACCUCCACAGGCUUAAGUAUCAGUGCUUCAAAUCUGCCUGGAUGUUUGAGGUGUUUCAUAGGGGCUUUUCUUUUCCUGUCAACUAUAAGAACUUAAAGACCGCCUUGCAAGUUUAUGACAAGGAGGUUCAGUGGACCCUGGGAGCAAUCCUUUACAGGACCCGCUUUUUACCCUUAAGAGACAUCCAGCAGGAGGUGUUCCGGGCCAGUCAUGCUCACUGGAGGGGUGUCUCCUUUGUCUACAACCACUACCUGUUCUCCGGCUGCUUCCUGGUGGUCCUGCUGUCCAUCCUGCUCUACCUGCUGCGGCUCCGGCGCAUUCACCGGCGCACACUGCGGAAUGGCUCGGCUGCCACUCUCUGGAUGGAGGAAGGCCUUCCGUCCCAGAAGGUGGCUGGUGACUUAUGAGCCCGAGUUAGACAGCUCCAGGAAGACUCUCUAAAGGAAAAGCCAUUUUUGCCUCAGGGUUUCUCCUCUUUAUUCUCCUAUGGUUUUGUUUUUACUUUCCUUUUUUGUUCCUUAAAACAAAAACAAAAUUCAUUGUUUGUAGGCCCUGCUGUCCUAGAAAUAUUGCAUUUAACUGUUUUGAAUACAGCUUUAAAUUGUGGAGUAGGAAAAAGGAAAUUCACUUGAUUUUUGCUGCAUAGUAUAUCUGUCAAAAAUUACUAAAAUUUUUGGGUGUUCUUUAGGCAUGUUAAAUUUUAAACUAAUGCACUUUGAUAUUGGAGGGAAGUGGAACAGAUGCUUUCUAUUAGUGGAGAUAGGACUGAAGAUUGAUACUUUUACAGAAUGAAAGAACUUAUUGACCAAGAUUAUAAUUCUCUUUUUUCUCUCUCUAGAGAGCUCUAACCUAAAGAGAAUGACAUUUGAUUUUUAUUUAUUGUUCAGGUCUGUCACUCUGUGUGUUUUCUUUUCAAGUUUAAAAAUUCGAAACCAUUUAUAUCCAAAAUAGAGAAAUAUAAGCACCAGAAGGUAACCAUUUUUACAAUUGAUGGUGAAGAGAUGUGAAAAAUGUGAACUAUUGACUAGAGUUUUGUGUACGUGUGUGAAAAAUGCUAAUGAAACAGGAUGAGGAAAUGCAGUGCUUUUUCUUUUAAAAACACACACUUCAGGAUUUAUUGUUUCAUUUCAUUUUAUUUAGAAAAUUCCCAUUACUGUUAUAUUUUCCUGACCACAGAUUACUUUCUUUAUCCCAUCUUUCAGCAGCCUUGGAACACUUUGUUUUUGAAAGAAUUAGAAAAUUCAUAGAGUUUCACUGGUUUCAGUUUUAUUAGAACUAGAGCUGGUCUCCACUUCUAGGCACUUCAGUAAUUCUUAGUAAUAUGUUUUUGCUUGUUUAAUUGUGUUCUGGUUUCUUCCAAAUUCGAAUUGGUAUCUCCCUCUCCCUCUUAAUUAAAAGUUGUCUGAACAGUUUUAUUUGGGUAAUCCCAUACAUAGCUUGACAUGUUCUCUUUAUUACUGCUGUAGUUGAGGUGUAGUGGCCAAUGCCACUGUAAAUCAAAACUAAGGGAAGAGUCUGAAUUUAAUGCAAGAAAUAAACUCACAUUUUGAAGAAAA